AUGGUGCGACCCCCAGCGAAGUCUGUCGCACGCGUCUACCGGGAUGUCAAUGCACAGUUUGGCCCUGCGUGGUAUGAAUAUGAUAAUCUGCAAGUGCAGUGGGGUUCUCAGGAUCACUAUGAAAUCGUGCGCAAGGUGGGGCGUGGAAAGUACUCGGAGGUAUUCGAAGGCGUGAAUAUCGUAAACGACGAGAAGUGCAUUAUCAAAGUCCUUAAACCGGUCAAAAAGAAGAAAAUAAAGAGAGAAAUUAAGAUCUUGCAGAAUCUCGCCGGCGGUCCGAAUAUUGUCGCUCUUUUAGACGUCGUCCGAGACCCGGCAUCGAAAAUUCCCAGUUUGAUCACAGAAUACGUUGACAAUGUCGAUUUUAAAGUGCUAUAUCCAAGGUUUACGGAUUUUGACGUUCGCUACUACAUGUUCGAGCUCCUCAAGGCAAGUUUUCUUGUCAUCCAGGCUCUUGACUUCUGUCACUCAAGGGGGAUCAUGCACCGGGACGUCAAACCCCACAACGUCAUGAUCGACCACGAACGACGAAAGCUGCGGCUUAUUGACUGGGGCUUGGCAGAGUUUUACCACCCAAGAAUCGAAUACAACGUUCGGGUUGCCUCCCGCUAUUUCAAGGGGCCGGAACUUUUGGUGGACUUCCAGGAGUACGAUUAUAGUCUUGACAUGUGGAGCUACGGAUGCAUGUUUGCUUCAAUGAUAUUCCGCAAGGAGCCGUUCUUUCAUGGACACGACAAUUACGAUCAGCUCGUUAAAAUUGCGAAAGUCCUUGGCACGGAUGAACUAAACGCUUACAUUGAAAAAUAUGGUAUCCGACUUGAUCCACAAUACGACGAGCUCCUGGGAAGGUAUCCUCGCAAGCCAUGGCCAAGAUUUAUUACUUCAGAAAAUCAGCGCUAUGUCUCUAACGAAGCGAUAGACUUCUUGGACAAGUUGCUGCGCUACGAUCACCAAGAGCGGCUUACUGCACGCGAAGCUCAAGCCCACCCAUACUUCGAUCCUGUGCGCAACGCAGCUGCGGUCGCUGACGGUGAGAGCGAGGACUCAGGCGCGUCCUCGGUGUGAUCUAUAACUUUCUAAUUUCUGCCAUCUUGAAUCUCCGUACACAUUGCAUAUAGAUAUUACGAAUUUGACUUGCGGAAUACCCGGUAAAUCGCUAUAUGUCGACAGAUAUCUGUAAUCCAUACUCAGAACACCUCCUACUUUGAUGCUGGCACUUGCUGUUUCACCCUUUCCUCUAUCUUUCCCUGUAUACCGCACACUUGGUGCUUUCCUCGAGUGCUUUGAGCUUGGGCUAGGCUCCAUUUACCAACAAAGUCUGGCCAGUUGAACGUCCUCUCAACAUUCCAACUAUGCUAGGCCUACUGCCACUCAGAAUGAGUCUGCUAAGAUGCAAAUCAUGCUUAGCAAGUUAUUAACCGAAGUACACAUUCGUUAGGCGCCCCUAAAGCAUUGCAAUCUCCCAACGACG